GGUGCGCAGUUUUGGGAACUGUAAGGAUUCUGGCUCGAUAAGGCUUCAUUUGUGUGCCGUAACUGCGAGAGCCAUAAUGCGCAAUGACCCACUGCAAGCUUUCCUUCAGGAUCGGACGCCAAACUCCACCCCAGAACCCAUUAAAGGAUCCCCCUUGAUGUUGCUGGAAGACACCUGUAAUCGCAUCUGCCAUUCCCGUGCACCCAGAUCCAUGGAGCACCAGCACAUCUCAUAUGAAGGCUGCCCACCAAAGCUCUUCCAUCCCUGGAGAAGUGAUUCAACUUUCUCACAGCACCUCCAGACCCCGUUAAGUCCACACCACGAACUGCCACUGACAUCCCCGGCCGAGCACUAUGACUUCUCGCCCCUGAAGAUGUUGCCUUGUGCGUCAGCAUGCACUACUCUACCCACGUCUUACGUGCCCACGCACAAUGGACUUUUGGACCAAUGGUGGACUCCAAAUCACUCCUCAACACAUCAAUUUGAGAUCCCCCGUGGGUGGGUUCUGGGUCACCCUGAGCUCGGACAGUACCAGACUCAAAUCGCAACCCUGUUGCACUCCAAGUCUCGCAGAUGCCGGAGGUGCAUGUGCCCCAACUGCCAAAAGAGCAGCCACGCGCCGGGGAAGAGAAAGCAGCACGUGUGCCACAUGCCGGGCUGCGGGAAGGUGUACGGCAAGACGUCGCACCUGAAAGCGCACCUGAGGUGGCACGCAGGUGAGCGGCCGUUCGUCUGCAGCUGGAUGUUCUGCGGAAAGAGUUUCACGCGCUCGGACGAGCUCCAGCGGCACGUGCGCACGCACACCGGCGAGAAGCGUUUCACCUGUCCGGACUGCGCCAAACGCUUCACGCGCAGCGACCAUCUAGCCAAACACCUGAAGACGCACCUGAUGCGCAAGAACAGAGCGCUGUUCCCGGUGCUGGAGCACGUCAACAAAACUCUUGAACACAAGUCUUAGAUCGAAUUUUGUGAACACUUUUUGUCAGUAAAUAUAAAAUGUUGGGAUGUGUUUUUAUUUCAAGUUAAUCUUUUAUUUGGGGCAAGUUGUCACAUUUGUUUGUAAAUGUUAUACUUGUGCAUAUUUUCGUUUUAUUAAUUACAAUAUUUGUUGGACAAAUCAAUAGUUUCAAAUUUUUUUGUGUUUAAUGUUUCAUAAAAAAAAAAUUCAUAAUUGGUUUCAAAAAACUGUUUGAUGUCAACACGCUUAAAAGAUGUGGUUAGGCCAAGUCUUUCUUUUUUCUGACUUUCUGAAAUGUUCAAAAGCGUUUUAACGUCAGGACUUUAAGGUAAGUGUCUUUACAGAAAACUUUUGACCUUAGGACAUUCUGAAGUAAUAAUGUUGACCCUAUGCAAUAUGGGUUAGGGUUAAGAGGAACAUAAGCAAAUACGUUAAUUGCCAUUUACCUUAGUUUUCUAAAAUACAUUAGGCUACUAAUAGGCUUUCAAGUGCAUAGCCUAGUAUUUUUUUUUUUUUUUUUACAUUUUAUUCGUUUUUUGAUAACGUGAAAGUUAAAAUAUUCGUGAACCAAAGAAAAGCAUUUUGUGCACUGUUUAUUAUUUAGAAGAGUAUUUGUGUAUACAGCCUAU